CUUCAAUUCAACCAUGUCAUCCAAACGUGACCCUUUACAAAAUGCUUUCAACCUCACCCCUUCCAUCUCCCUCAAGCACCGCAUUGUCCUCGCUCCAAUGACAAGAAUGCGCGCCUCAGAUACGGGCCUUCCUCAUCCACGAACAGCAGAGUACUACGCAUCACGUGCAGCACCAGGAGGGUUCCUCAUCUCUGAAGCCCUUGAGAUCCAUCCUCGAGGGAAAGGUUUCCUGCACACUCCUGGUAUAUUCGCCGAAGCACAGAUCGAAGCCUGGAAGCCGGUUACAGCCGCAGUCCAUAAGAAAGGUGGAAUAUUCUUUGCUCAGUUAUGCCAUCCAGGCCGCGUCGCAGUCCCUUCACAGAAUGGAGGAUUUCCCCCAUUAUCCUCGACACCCAAGCCAUUACCAGGUAAUCAUCCGAAUUUCGGACAGGAUAACAGUAUCGGAGAGCCAUACGUCGAGUCUCAAGCUAUGUCUCUGUCCGAUAUCUCAGACGUAACUUCUCAAUUCGUCCUCGCUGCUCAGAACGCUGUUCGAGCUGGUUUUGAAGGUAUCGAGAUCCAUGCCGCGAAUGGGUAUCUUUUCGAUCAAUUCCUGCAUGAUAAUAUCAAUGAUCGGACAGAUCGCUAUGGUGGCAGUAUCGAGAACCGAACGCGGUUUUUGCUGGAGACCGUUGAUGCUAUUGGGAAGGAGAUAGGGUGUGAGAAAGUUGGUGUGAGGCUAGCGCCUUGGUAUAGACAGAAGGGCACGGAGGAUAGUGACCGGAUUGGGACGUUUAGCAAGAUGGCUGGAGCGCUGGAUAGGAGAGGGUUGGCGUAUGUUCAUUUGAUAGAGCCGAGGUAUGAUCUUGGGGAGAGGAAUUCUCUGGCUAAAGAGUCUGGUCCUGUGGAUGCAGGCAAGGUGUUCAAGGGGCUGGAAGUGAGUUUGUGGCCGUUUAGGAGGGUUUUGAAGAAUACGCCUGUCAUUGGUGCGGGUGGGUAUGAUGCUGUGAUUGCUAGGGAGGCUUUGGAUGAAGGCAGAGUUGAUUUGGCUGCUUUUGGAAGGCCGUUUACGAGUAACCCUGAUCUGGUAAGAAGGAUCUUUGGGGGCUUACCUUUGACGAAGUAUGACAGGAAGACCUUUUAUACUCAAGGAAUGGAGGGAUAUCUUGGUUGGAAGACUUGGGAAGAGGAAGAAAAUGGUGAGCUCAAAUGAGAGAAGCGCGGACAGUCACAAAUCCCCUGAUUGCAUUAAGUGAGAGAGUAGAGUUUAG